AGAAUUGGCAGCCAUGUGUGCGCGGAGGAAGCGAGGCCGGCGUCGCUGCGAGCUGUGGGCGGCGCACAGCUCCCGUCUGGCGGCUGCUGCUCAGUCAGUCAGUCGGUGCGGAGGAGAGCGGACGCACGGACGGAGCGGAGCGGAGCGGAGCGGCGCACCGUCACCCGGGGUACGACACCGAGACGAGCACGGAGCGGAGCGGCACGAGCGCAGCGGCAUGGAGCUGUGAGGCUGCGCGACCUGCCCCCCUCGCACGAGCGUCCGCUUUGCUGAUUUGCCCCAUCUGCGUGCGUUUUCCGCGACAUGGAGGCGACGGGCCGCUGGCUGCUGCCGGCCGCGCUCCUCAUUCUUUCCUUCCAGCAAGCUCACGGCUAUGCGUACAGGAAUCAGCGCAAGUUCUCUGAGGACAUCGACUGGUCGUACGCAGGAACCUUAAACCAAAACAACUGGGCCAAGAGGUUCCCCUCCUGCACCAACGCCAAGCAGUCCCCCAUCAACAUCGAGGAGAGCCUGACGCAGGUGAAGCUGCAGUACCAGAAGCUGAGGUUCGACGGCUGGGAGGCUCUGACGCGUGAAGGGACGACCAUCAAGAACGACGGCAAGACCGUGGCCGUGAACGUGGACGGAGACUUCUUCGUCAGCGGGGGCGGCCUGUGGUCCAAGUUCAAGGUCGGACGCAUCACCUUUCACUGGGGGCGCUGCAACGCGUCCUCUGACGGCUCUGAGCACAGCUUGGACGGAGUCAAGUACCCGCUAGAGAUGCAGAUCUACUGUUACGAGGAGCACGGCUUUGGCUCUUUGGACGAGGCCAUCAGGGCCGGAGGCAGAGUCGCAGCCCUCGCCGUUCUGUUUGAGACGAGCUCCGAGGAGAACGUCCACUACUCCGCCAUCAUAGACGCCGUCGGCAGCGUGAGCAGAUACGGGAAGAGUGCCGAGGUUCUGCCCUUCGCCCUGAGAGGCCUCCUCCCAAACAACACCGAGAAGUAUUUCAUCUACAACGGGUCUCUGACCACGCCGCCCUGCAGCGAGACCGUGGAGUGGCUGGUCUUCAAGAACACGGUGGCCAUCGCCGACCAACAGCUGGAGAUGUUCUGCGAGGUGAUGACGAUGCAGCAGGCCGGCUACGUGAUGCUGAUGGACUACCUGCAGAACAACUACAGGGAGCAGCAGGACCAGUUCAUGGGUCAGGUGUUCUCCUCCUACACCGGCGUGGAGGAGCUUCUCACACCAGUGUGCAGCUCCGAGCCCGAGAACAUCCAGGCCGUGCCCUACAACCUCAGCAGCCUGCUGGUGACGUGGGAGCGGCCGCGAGCCGUGUACGACGCCAGCAUCGAGAGGUACUGCGUCAGCUACCGGCCGGCGGAGGCGGAAGACUCCGCCCCCUCUGAAUACCUGACGGAUGGAGACCAGGACGUGGGGGCCAUUCUAGACGAGCUGCUGGCCAACACCAGCUACGUGGUGCAGGUGGUGGCGCUCUGCACCAACGGCCUCUACGGACGCGUGAGCGACGUGUUCAAGAUCUUCCUGCCCGUCGACGAGCCCGAAACUGUACUGGAUCUGGGUUCUGAGGAAUUUGACGACGAGGUCAACUAUGAACCUGAUCCCUCUUGGAAUGAAUCUGUCCGAACUGAAGAUUAUGAUCAUGCCUGGAUUCCUACCAGCUCACCAAAAACCACAACCUCUCCGACGCAUCGUUUACCUCUGCCUGGCAUCAGUACCACACCAGCAGAAUCGGGUCACAGAAGGACCAGCACGGACCCACUUCCCCCUCUCACAACCACCCAGCAGGAUGAAAUCCAGUCUAGAGAGACAGCACGCGGCAGUACCUCCAGCGAGCCACCAGGGGGCAGGAUGCCCCCAGAGGCCGAAGGCGGCGGUGCCUCCACAACAGCAGCCACCACCAGGGAAGCCGUCAGUUCCACUGCUCCUUCAUACUCCAGUACCACAACACCGCAAGUUCUGGGAGCUGUGGGUCCAGAUGUCGGCGCCAGCGCCUCCUCUUCAUUCAGCAGCUCAGAGACACAAGACGGGAGCAGUGUAUUUGCUCGUCCCAGCGACAUGAGCAGCACGACCGCGGCCUCGGCCGUCAUCCAGGCUGAAGCCGUGGACGCAGACGAGCUGCCAGAGGUCCGAGCUCGGACGCCACCGCCUCCGGCCUCGGGCGAAGCCGCCUCACGUGAGCCUCCGACCUCCGCGGCCGCUUUUUCAUCCAGCACAGCUUCUGUGGGGCUGAGUGGCGUCUUACUGCAGACCACGCAGCCUCUGCUGAACGGUGAGCGCCCCUCCGUCCCCCCCUCCUCCCCCUCCUCCUCCCCCCCUCUGUGUGACACCGCGGACCCUAACGCUGCCUGCCUGCAUGACCUUCCCUCCUCGUCUGGGCCCGUGCUGCCGGACUCUGAGCAUGUCGCUAGCAGCGGUCCAGCUUCUCCUUCGACCCCCACGCUCCCCCCCUCCGCCCCGCCUCACCCCCCUCACCCCCCUCAGCCCUCGCUCCCUGUGUCUGGUUGGGCGGCGCGCUCCAUCCUCCCCGGUGUUGGGUUCCAUGGUGGUGGUAGGGACGGGGACUUGUCUGGGUCGCCGUCCUCCUCGUGGGUCUCUUCAGGUGGUCCGUCUGCGUUUAGUGAAACCCCUCCCCUCCAAACGGUGCCGGAUCCGUCUGCCUCCGUCGGUGUCGACUCCUCCUGGGACCCGCUCCCGCUGACGGUCUCUCUGUCCAUCGACCCCACUCUCCGGUCUUCUGACUUUACGCUUGCUGGUUCCACGCCGGGCGCCUUCUCGGCCGGGUUCGGGGACCCGCGCUACGCCACGGGAAGCACCGUGGACUCCUUCCUCCCUGAGGUCAGUGGUGACGGGUUCCCGCUCGCUAGCGACGUGGACGCGCUCUGCGGCUGCUCUCUGGAGCCGUCGGCGUCCACGUCUUGGAUGCAGGUCUCUCCUCACGGCCCGCUGCCGUCUGCAGCCUGGGACUCUGCUACCGUGGCGCCUCCUGCCGGCGCCGGCUUCCCUUCGGCCGCUGCUGUCGGCAUAGACGCGCUUCUCCGGUCCUCCUCCGGUCCUGGUGGUCAGACUCUGCUCUCCGUCAGUGCUAUUUCCCCCUCCACGUCGGCUCCACGCUCUCUUCCUCCUGCAGCCCCCAGUGACCUGCCCGUAUCUGUUGCAGCCCCACACCCCUCGUUCUCGUGGGACGGGACCUCAGCGCUCGCGCCCACAGCCCCUCCCCCCCCGCCCACGUGGGCCCAGGCCUUAGACGCGAGCGGUGCCUCUGGCUCGGCCCUGUUCCCCGACCCACAGGAAGACGGAGAUCCGGAGUGGGACCGGGUCCAGUCCUCGGCGUACGAGGAGAGCACCCCCCCUCCUGUUUCAGUUUCUCCGUCCAGCGCCUCCGACCAGUCGGGCCAGAGCGCCGACGACUUGGACGAUCGCUCCUCUGCGUUUUAUUUUGAAAGCGAAAGCGGUAGCGCCGUCACCCCCGAGACAGAAGGCGCCGCAACGGCAGCGGUUCCCGUGGUGACCUCCGCUUCGCCCUGGUCCGUUCGGGAGGAGGAGAGCGGCUCGGGUCAGGGUGACGGCCUGUACGACAACGAGACGUCCUCUGACUUCAGUAUCUCCGAGAGCACGGACAGAGAGUCGGAGGAAGAGGAGCCCGUCGAAGAUGCCAGUAACAGCAGCCACGAGUCGAGAGUGGGCUCGAUGAGGGAGCAGGAGCGGAAGGCCGUGGUUCCUCUGGCCGUCAUCUCCACGCUGACCGUCGUGGGCAUGGUUGUGCUCAUCAGCAUCCUCGUCUACUGGAGGUUGUGUUUUCAGACGGCUCACUUCUACAUUGAUGACAGCUCGUCUCCCAGAGUCAUCGCUGCACCGUCUGCAGCUGCAUUAACAUGUGAUGAGCAGACGUCUUUUCCAGUGAAGGACUUUGUGAAACACGUGGCUGAGCUUCACAGCACGCAGGGCUUCCAGCGAGAGUUUGAGAUUCUGAAGGAGAGCUACGAGGAGGUGCAGACGUGCACAGUGGACAUGGAGAUGACCACGGACGGCUCCAACCAUCCCGACAACAAGGCCAAGAACCGAUACAGCAACAUCCUGGCCUAUGACCACACCCGGGUCCGACUCUGCCCUCAGGCCGAUAGAGACGGGACCACCUCGGAUUACAUCAACGCAAACUACGUGGAUGGUUUUAAGAAGACCAGGUCGUACAUUGCGGCUCAGGGUCCCCUGAGGUCGAGCACCGAGGACUUCUGGAGGAUGAUUUGGGAGCAGAAUGUCGGCGUCGUCGUCAUGAUCACCAACCUGAUGGAGAAAGGACGAAGGAAGUGUGAUCAGUACUGGCCGUCAGAGCUGCAGGAGGAGUACGGCAGCUUCCUGGUGACGGUGAGGAGCAGCCGAGAGCUCGCCUACUACACCCAGAGGAGCUUCAGCCUCAGGAACACCUGCAUCAAGAAGGGGUCCCAGAAGGGGCGCAGCAGCGAGCGCACGGUGAUGCACUACCAUUACACCCAGUGGCCCGACAUGGGCGUGCCGGAGUUGGCGCUGCCGCUGCUCAGCUUCGUUCGCAAGUCGUCCAGAGCCGGAGCGGCCGCCGCGGGGCCGGUGGUGGUGCACUGCAGCGCCGGCGUGGGCCGCACAGGGACCUACAUCGUCCUGGACAGCAUGCUGCGGCAGAUGAGCGGCGACGGCACCGUCGACAUCACGGGCUUCCUCAGGCACAUCCGCACGCAGAGGAACUACCUGGUGCAGACAGAGGAGCAGUACGUGUUCAUCCACGACGCCCUGGUGGAGGCCAUCCUGUCCGGAGACACCGAGGUGGCGGCCGCUCACCUGCACAGGUACGUGGAUGAGCUGCUGACGCCAGGGCCUGCUGGGAGGACGCGGCUGGACAAGCAGUUCAAGUUGGUGUGUCACACCGGGGUGCAGCAGUGCGACUACUCCGCAGCGCUGCAGGACUGCAACCGCAGCAAGAACAGGAGCUCCUCUGUGAUUCCCGUGGAGCGGUCACGCGUGCGUCUGUCUGCGCUGGCAGGAGAGACGUCCGACUACAUCAACGCCUCCUACGUCACGGGCUACAGGCACAAGAAUGAGUUCAUCAUCACCCAGAACCCUCUGCCGGGAACUGUCCAGGAUUUCUGGAGGAUGAUCUGGGACCACAACGCUCAGGUCAUCGUGUCCCUGCCAGGCGAAAUGGAGGAGGAACCAGAGCUGUGUGUCUUCUGGCCUCGCAAAGGGCAACCUAUCAGCUAUGAGAAUUUUACUGUCACUCAGAGGGGUGAGAACCAUGUUUGUCUGUCCAAUGAGGACAUGCUGGUGGUGCAGGAGUUCGUCCUGGAAGCCACACAGGACGACUACGUUCUGGAGGUGAAACGCUACCGAACGCCCCACUGGCCAAACCCAGACGGUCCCAUCAGCAACUCCUUUGAGCUCCUCAACCUGGUGAAAGAGGAGAUCGCUGCAAAGGACGGCCCCACCGUGGUCCACGAUGAUGUGGGCGGAGUCACAGCAGCAACGUUCUGUGCUUUACUGUCGCUGACUCGCCAGCUGGAGACAGAAGGUGCGGUUGAUGUUUUCCAAGUGGCCAAACUGACGAACCUCAUGAGACCAGGAGUCUUCAGCGACAUCGAGCAGUUCCAGUUCCUGUACAGAGCCAUGCUAAGUCUGAUCGGGACGCAGGAAGAUGAUACGACCCUCCGGUCCUGUGACAACGGCACCAUCAUGGCGGGAACGGCCAGCACCGCAGAGAGCCUUGAGUCCCUGGUUUAAAAAAGAACUUUACAAUUGAGCAACAGCAUUUUUCUCUCCUUCGGACACCAACAGAACUUCUGACGCCCGUCUCCGUACAGCUACGAGGUAAAAGUCCUGGUCACAGACUCUGGACGCGUCGGACGCCGUACGUCUGUUCUUCGUUGGAUCUGGACUCCCCUCACUUUUGUAAUUUGUGCCUUUUUGUAUUUUUAUUCCUGUACUCUUAACUUUGACACAAGCUGUAGACUAACUGUGCUGACACGUUUCACUUCACUAAUUUUUUCCUAACGUUUGUAUUUAUUGGCACUGAGCCAAAUGGGGACGGACGGGAAGCCUGCAUCUUUUUACAUCAAAUGAUAUUUUGUUAGCUCGUCUUUUAUAGAUUUUCUGCACUGAACUUUUCUCUGUAAAUGUCAUAGCAACAGUGUGUUAUUGAAGUCAAAUAUAAAAGGGCCUGGAAUAUUAUUAAUAAUAAUAAUCUAAUGUAAAUAAUAUUGCAGUAAUCACUUGAUGGACCAAAUUUCUAUUUAUACUUUUAGAUUUUUAUAUUACUUUUUUAGUGUUCAAAUGUUCUGAUUUAAUUUUACUUGCUUAACAUUAAUGCUUUUAUAUUCUGGGUUUUGUAACAUACUAAAUGUGAUGCAUGGGAUUCUGACGUUGCUCAUUUAGAAAUAUUGCUGGAUUAUUAGAUACAGGAUUAAAUGGGUAAAAGAAA